UUCUUUUUUUCUCUUUCACCCCUUCUCUCUCCUUUUUUUCCUUUGCUUCUUUCCUCCCUCUUCCCUUGCCACUACAUUUUUCCUCUCCUCAGCCCUUUCCUGUCCUUUUUUUUUCUUUCUUUUGUCUACCGAACAAUAUCUACUCUUCUUCGACAACUUUUCCUGCAUCUACCAUUCUUUGUAAACAACAAACCACAUCCAUCCACUAAGCAUCUGGCGGAGAACAGAUUCCAGUUGAAACCAUAUCUUCACAACACUCCCUUGUCCACACGUCCACAUCUUGCAACAGCAUCUUCAAUAGCCACAAAAACUCAAAGGAUGUUGGUUCACAAAGUCCACAAUAAUACCAGUCAAGAAUAUAUCCAUUCUGCUGGACUACCAUCUGCUCAGCAGUUAACUCAACGAAAUGAUCAACGCAAGCUCUCCUGCUCGGAUAUAUCAGACGGCGAUCAUGAUCAGCAAACAUAUCGUUCUCACAAGCAACAAGCAGAGCAUUCUCAAACAAAUCAUUUGGACAACUAUCAAAAGCCAUAUGAAGAACCUAUUCUAUCUAAAGCCUCCUUCUGCCCCUCACCUCAUUCGAGGAACAUGUCCAUGUCUCCAAAGCGCGAGUCGGAUGACUUGAUCCCCCAUCAAAAGCACUCCCAGAAACAUUCGGAUGGGUAUCUCGAGUUUCAUCGCCGCCGUUCUUUACCGUUAUCGCAGAAAUGUACGCUUGGCAAUGCUGAUGAAGCAACCAUGAUGGAUGUUGAUGGUCAUCCCGACCUCACAACUGAAGAGCUUCCCUCGGACUCUUUGAUGGAUCAAUGCGAACCUCAAUAUGAGCAGUCUUCAACAUCGCCACGACAAACAAACUCACCUUCACCUGUAAUACCCUGUAUACAGCGACAGUUCCUUCCUUUUCCUCCGUCAAAAAGACACGACUCUUCCUCUUCAUCAAUACCCCCGCCACUCAUACAACAGGAUAUGCCUUCUACACAACAAGAGUUCCUGUCGGAUGAGCGCUUGGUUUUGGGAAAACGUCGUACUUGGCCAUACGAGCAAGGUCAAUAUAGCUCUCCGAAUCAGUUUGAUAGCAACAACAUAGGUUCACGCUACCAUACUCUCGAUUUCAAAGAUUAUCGCGACGAACGACUUCGCCAGAUCAAGAGAAGCUCCAUUGGCAGUAGUCAUUCGCAUGUUUCUUUUGAUAGAAGGCGUUCUCCGUCUCCCUUCACGAGGGUAGCGUCAUCCUCAUGUACAACCGAGUCAUCCUUGGGCAAAGAGGAUAAGAUCAGUAUCAGUGCUAGUGGCAAAGAUGGAGAUGAAUUUUCCAUUUCGAACAGAGCUCAAACGCCACCAUUUUCGCAGUCCUCACCGUCGCCGCAGCAACAGUAUCGACAUGAAAGAUUGCGUUACGAUGUCUUUUUACCUCGCCGCCAGGAAAAAGCACACGACUGGGACAUAGGAAGGGACAAGGGAGAUGAUAAGAAUAAUGAGAGAUCCAAUGUUCUCCCCAACCCAAACAACUUUGAGUUUAUGAGCGAGGCUCAGAGGGUGUUGUACGAGCGCCAUCCACCUUCUCCCAAAUAUGAGCGACAGCCCUCAUUCAGAUCCUCAUCUCCGCCUCUAAGGCCAACCCAGUCAGAGGCUUCUUCCAUGCCGUUAUCACCAGUGCAACCAAUACAACACGUAUCAUUCGAGCACCGUAGCCAACACCAUGCAUCACGGCGCUCUCCUUCGAGAAUAAAUACUGAUCAAGACCUUAGCCAGAACUCACGACCCAGUCAAACACAGGAACAUCAUCAUCAGCAACAGUCUCGACGUCAAUCUGGCUCUCAUUUGCCAAAUAUAUGGGAGCUUGUUAUGUCUAAGCGGCAUCACCAGCAAGAACAGGAACCCUAUCAUGAGAACGAGCAUCUUCCAGAAUCAUCAACAAAGCCGUCAACAACGUUUGCAGCUUCUGUACAAAGCAACCUUACUGGAAGAAGCACCUCAGAUCUCAACCUCCCAGGGACUGAGGGCAUGACAGUUACGAAGACUGAAGAUGGAGCAAUUAUGGUUUAUAAUCCAAUAACAGAGAACAUGACCUUCCGCUGUGAGCUUUGCCCGAGCGAAUCUUUUGGCAGAAUCCAUGAUCUAAAGCGCCACCAAGCCUCAAAACAUCAGGAGAUGACCUGGCCUUGCGAUUUCUGCCAUCGGCCUUUUGUGCGACGUGACGCUUUGUUAAGACACUACACUGUUAAAGCCGCGAGAGACGAUGGAUUACAUCCAGCCAGCCAUGAAGUCGAGCGGCUGAUGGCCGCCCGUGCUCGCGCUAAGUUGCUUUAUUAAUAGUAUAAAAAAAGUGAGUCAUGAGCCUUCUGGCGUUGCCAAAAUACAGUACACUCAAGGCUUUCGCACGCGACCAAUUCCAUUCCAGUGCUGGCUAGACCAUCACCACACUCUCCAAUAUCUACACCCACACCUCCAUUACUAGCGCCACGACAGCAGGAGCUACAGACAUCCACCGCUGCUCGCAAAAGCUUCUCGGCUUUGGCAAGCCCAUUUUGUAAAACUAGUAAAGAAUAAGGCCGACCUUGCUCGCUCUUACAAUCUGCGCAAAGAUACUUUUGUGCCCCUUGCCCGGU